CUCUCUCUCUCUCUCUCUCUGCGUUAUUCUUCAUCAUCUCCAAUUUUCCAACACCGAUCUCUAUGACCCUUUUUCAUUUUCACACGUGAUUUCUGUUUUUCAAACUUGGGUUGUCUUCAAAAUCCUAUCUUGGGGUGCAUGUCACCCUGUUUUUUAGAUAUUAUUGUAAAAGUCUGAUUUUUUAUUUUUUUUUGGGAUUUGUUGUAUUUCAAUGGGCUGUUUAGAUGAUGGGCAUUUCAAUGUUGAGCUCGAAAAUGGAAUGAAUAUUUGUUGUGGUGAAAAUGGAAAAGAUGGUGCUGUUAUUGAAGAUGCUGUUAAGGUUUUGUUGAUGGGUCUUGGUGAAGAUAUUAAUAGAGAAGGUAUUAGAAAGACACCACUUCGUGUUGCCAAAGCCCUUCGUGAAGGAACAAGAGGUUACAGGCAAAAGGUGAAGGACAUUGUUCAAGGUGCUUUAUUCCCUGAAGCUGGACUAGAUAAUAGAGUUGGUCAUGCUGGUGGUGCAGGUGGACUUGUGAUUGUCAGAGAUCUUGACCUGUUUUCCUAUUGCGAGUCAUGCAUGCUUCCAUUCCAGGUCAAGUGUCAUGUGGGUUAUGUUCCCUCUGGUGAAAGAGUUGUCGGUUUAAGCAAACUCUCUCGUGUUGCUGAUGUAUUUGCAAAACGACUCCAAGAGCCUCAGCGUCUCGCAAAUGAAGUUUGUUCUGCUUUGCAUCAUGGAAUAAAGCCAGCAGGUGUUGCCGUCAUAUUUCAAUGUACACACAUUCACUUUCCAGACAUAGAAUCAGUCUUUCUCGACUCAAACCACCAAGGAUUGGUUAAGAUAGUUGUUUCCGCUGGUUCCGGAGUUUUUGAAAACAAAAAUGCAGACGAAUGGGCUGAUUUCUUUAGUCUCCUCAAAUUUAGAGGUAUCAGUAUGGAAAAAAUCCACUUUAGAGGAUCAUCUGACUUGUCCUGGUGUCCUUCUCAAUCGGCCAAAGUUUCCUCCAAAAUCGGAACCGUCAACCCUGCAAUGGUCACUGCAGUUGCUUCAAUUAUCAAAUCUUUGGGAGAAGAUCCAUUGAGGAAGGAGCUUAGAGGUACCCCAAGUAGAUUUGUGAAGUGGUUAAUGAACUUUCAGAACAGCAACUUCGACAUGAAAUUGAAUGGUGUUCUCAAUGGUGGGAUAGAUUCUUUAACCGCGAAUAAGGAGGUUGACAAGAACACUAAAAAAAUAUGCUCUGAGCUGAAUUUACAAUUUUGGUCACAAUGUGAACACCAUUUACUUCCAUUCCAUGGUGUUGUUCACAUAGGUUACAUCCUAUCAGAUGGAUUUAGUCCUAUCGGAAAAUCUCUUUUACAAUCGAUAGUACAUUUUUACGGUUUCAAGCUUCAAGUUCAGGAGAGGCUUACUAGACAGAUAGCUGAGACAAUUUCACCGCUGAUCGGUGGAGAUGUGAUAGUAGUUGUAGAAGCAAGUCACACAUGUAUGAUUUCUAGAGGUAUUGAGAAGUUUGGAAGUAGUACUGCCACUAUUGCUGUUUUAGGACAAUUUUCGACCAACCUUGCCACAAGGGCUUCCUUCUUGCAGGGUAUUCCAAGUCCAACAUCUUCAGAGCUUUGAUUCUUGUUUGAAUUCAUUUGAAAUAAUUUAGCACUAGCUCCAGUUGUUUGUAUUUUGAAAUUUUGAAGUUGCUCAAUUUUGUUUCAGAUUUCAUAGAAUUAUAGCCAGAAAUUGUCUUUUACAUUACAUCCCUUGAGAAAAGUAGGAUUUACAUACUGGCCAACUUUGGCAGUAAAAUGUUGUUUAAGUUUACUCUGAAAGUUUUGUUGAUGUUGAGGUUAGAAUGAUUGUUAUGUA